ACUCGUAAGCAGAAAAAGGUCCUAGAAGCGACAGAAUAACAAAACAUCUAAACGAGAAGUGGACAAAGUCUGAAAACCAAGUUCAUUUUUUUAAAUGAACGAAUUAAUGGAAAAAUAAAUAACUGAUUCCACAGCACUGAACGCGCGCGCUGAGGGACUGCGGGCAUGAAAGGAUCGCCAAAGAAGAAGAACGUCUCCUCGUCUCGUUAAAGCUCGCGGUCCACCUGACGCGCCGUUAAACGCGCAGAAGAAGCCGGAGGAGAUCCACCUGAUCAGGUAUCGAUCCGCUCCGCGCUCCGCGCCCGGCUUUCCUCGCGCUGGAGUCGGAGCGCGAGCGGAUUGGCUGAAGCGCCGGCGGCUCGCGCGGGGAUCUCGCGCUCCUCCGGCUCUCCAUCAGAAGGCGGGGAGCGCGCGCUGAGGGAACUUCACCGGCAGGCGUCAACUCACCUCAGGAGCGCCGAUCUACCUGUCCGCGGCGUCUCGCGAAGCCUUGAGAGAAAAGCCGCUCGGGGGAGGACGAACUGAGGAUAUUAAUCCCGGACACUCGUGUUUGGCGGGCGUCGGUGGCCGCCGUCCGUCAGAAGAGCGCGCUGAGGUAAAAAGCGACGGAUUCCGUCAACGUUUCACUCCGAGAAGAACAAUCUCCGCCACAGUCUGCGUUUCCGCCGCUGGUCUCACAAACUACAUCUCCAGAGAGGCUCUCCGGGUUAUCGUUGCACCCCGUCGGCGGAUUUUCGCCCGGUUUUCACUGUUUGUACGAUGGGAAGAAGUCAAAAGACUGCGAAAAGAGAACGAGGCGGAUCGGGAUUCUUAGCGCAGAUGAUCACUGUGUUCGUUUUUACCGUUUUAUCGCUCGUCGACACCGCUUCGGCUCAAGAUGACGACUACCUGGGACUGGGCGAGCUGCCGGAGACGUUCCCUUCGGACCCGCCCGAGCCGCUCCCGCACUUCCUGAUGGAGCCGGAGGAGGCGUACAUCGUCAAGAACAAGCCCGUUAACCUGUACUGCAAAGCCACGCCGGCCACGCAGAUCUACUUCAAGUGCAACAGCGAGUGGGUUCAUCAGAAAGAGCACACGGUGGAGGAGCGCGUGGACGAGACCUCGGGUCUGGUGGUGCGGGAGGCCAGUAUUGAGAUCACCCGUCAGCAGGUGGAGGAGCUCUUCGGUCUGGAGGACUUCUGGUGUCAGUGUGUGGCCUGGAGCUCGGCGGGAACCACCAAGAGCCGUAAAGCCCACGUCCGGAUCGCCUAUCUCAGGAAAACAUUUGACCAGGAGCCUCUGGGGAAGGAAGUGUCGCUCGAACAGGAAGUGCUUCUCCAGUGCCGCCCGCCAGAAGGAAUACCUGCUGCUGAGGUGGAGUGGCUGAAGAACGAGGAGAUCAUCGACCCCGCCGACGACAGGAACUUCUACAUCACCAUCGACCAUAACCUGAUCAUCAAGCAGGCCCGUCUGUCCGACACCGCCAACUACACCUGCGUCGCCAAGAACAUCGUGGCCAAACGCCGCAGCACGACGGCCACCGUCAUCGUCUACGUGAACGGCGGCUGGUCGACCUGGACCGAGUGGUCCGUGUGCAGCAGUCGCUGUGGGCGGGGCUUUCAGAAGAGGACGCGCAGCUGCACCAAUCCCGCGCCUCUGAACGGAGGAGCCAUCUGUGAGGGUCAGGCCAUCCAGAAACUGGCGUGUAACCCGCUCUGUCCAGUGGACGGUCUCUGGACGGAGUGGAGUAAGUGGAGUACGUGUGGGACCGAGUGCACUCACUGGAGACGGCGCGAGUGCAGCGCUCCGGCCCCCAAGAACGGCGGCAAGGACUGCGAAGGAACCGUGCUGCAGUCCAAGAACUGCACGGAUGGGCUCUGCAUGCAGAGUUCCUUAUAUCAGAAGUCCUCCGAACCCACAGACAAGAGCAAUGCUUUGCCACAUCCAUCGGCUCCCAGCACAGACGAUGUGGCUCUGUACGUGGGCAUCGUCAUCGCCGUCAUCAUGUGUUUGGUGAUCUCCGUCAUCGUGGCGCUGUUUGUCUACCGUAAAAACCACCGGGACUUCGACUCGGACAUCCUGGACUCAUCGGCGCUGAACGGAGGAUUUCAGCCGGUCAACAUCAAGACGGCCCGCACAGCGGAUCUGCUCACGGCUCCUCCUGACCUGACCUCAGCUGCUGCCAUGUACAGAGGACCGGUGUACGCCCUGCACGACGUGGCCGAUAAGAUCCCCAUGACCAACUCUCCUCUGCUGGACCCGCUGCCCAACCUGAAGAUCAAGGUGUAUAACUCGUCCGGUCUGGUGACGCCGCAGGAGGACCUCUCCGACAUCUCGUCCAAGCUCUCGCCCAAACUCCCGCACGCUCUGCUCGACAGCGACACCAUCAGCCGCCGCACGCAGACGCUGGUGCGCUCCUGGGACCCCUCGUGCACCGCCUUCGGCUCCUUCAACGCUCUCGGGGGCCAUCUGAUCGUCCCCAACUCAGGCGUGAGCUUGCUUGUGCCAGCGGGUGCCAUCCCUCAGGGCCGUGUCUAUGAGAUGUACGUGACGGUUCACAGGAAGGAGAGCAUGAGGCCGCAGGUGGACGACACGCAGGAGACGGUCCUGAGUCCGGUGGUCAGCUGCGGUCCUGCCGGAGCUCUCCUGACCCGACCCGUCAUCAUCACCAUGCAUCACUGCGCCGAGGCUGACAGCGAAGACUGGCUCAUUCAGCUCAAGAGCCAAUCACAGCAGGGCCAGUGGGAGGACGUGGUGGUGGUGGGUGAGGAGAACUUCACCACUCCCUGUUAUAUCCAGAUGGAUGAGGAAGCGUGUCACAUCCUGACGGAGACGCUGGGCACGUACUGUCUGGCGGGUCAGUCGGUCAGCGCCGCCGCCGCUAAGAGACUGAAGCUGGCCAUCUUCGGUCCGGUCAGCUGCACCGUCCUGGAGUACAACAUCCGAGUGUACUGCCUGGACGACACACAGGACGCUCUGAAGGAGGUGCUUCAGAUGGAGAAGCAGAUGGGCGGGAAGCUGCUGGACGAACCCAAGUCUCUGAACUUCAAGGACAGCACACACAACCUUCGGCUGUCACUGCACGACGUCCCACACACUCUCUGGAAGAGCAAACUCAUCGCCAAAUACCAGGAGCUGGCGUUCCAGCAGGUGUGGAGCGGCUCUCAGAGGAAUCUUCACUGCACCUUCACUCUGGAGCGCUUCAGUGCCGCCACACUAGAGCUCUCCUGCAAGCUGUGUGUGAGACAGGUGGAGGGAGAAGGACAGAUAUUCCAGCUCAACACCACUCUGUCUGAGGACUCUCAGUGCAUCGACACGUCUCUUCUGGAUCCGGCCAGUAAUAUCACUACACUGGUGGGACCGAACGCCUUCCGGAUCCCGCUGUCCAUCCGACAGAAGCUGUGCGGGAGUCUGGACGCUCCUCAGACCCGCGGGAACGACUGGAGGAUGCUGGCGCACAAACUCAACCUGGACAGGUAUCUCAACUACUUCGCCACUAAAUCGAGCCCGACGGGCGUGAUCCUGGACCUGUGGGAGGCGCAGCACUUCCCCGACGGGAACCUGAACCGCCUGGCGGCCGUCCUGGAGGAGAUGGGCCGCCACGAGAACAUCAUGGGCGCCGAGCACUGACCCGCGGACCACUGUGAGCGCCGCCUCUGCUGUCCAAAUCCCGGACCUCCGUUCCCGGACCCCCCCGGAGGUACCUUUCUACCGGCGUGUUGUUGACAAAUGCCUUUAUUUCUACUGCGUUCCUGGGUUUCGUCGUUUCCGGCGCCGAGCCUGUGACCACACGUCCGUCCAGCCUCCUGUAAAUACAUGCGGCCGACUGUAAAGUUCAACAGUGUUAUUCCUCUCUUUUAUUUUGGUUAUUACUUGUUUUCGUCGCGUAGUGCUCUGUGUGUAAUCGAACUUUAGAGGGAAGGGGGAAACCGGCGGACAUCUUGCUUCGGAGCUGAAGCUUUUCAGGAAUAAUCUUCGCUGGCCAGAGUCUCGUUUCUUUCUGAAUGAAUGGCCAGCCGUGAUGGAUGCAUGCGCUUCAAUACGACGUGUACAGAGACCGACUCACCUAACAGCCAUCGGAGUGUGUUUGGACCUUGUUUUUUUUGCGUUCGCCUUCAUUCUCUCUUCUUCGGAUUUCUAAAGCUGUCUAUGCAAAAUCUGCAUCCUUUAUAAAGCAAAUUAUACAUGCUACGAAAAAAAGAAAGAAACGCUAGCAGUCGCUUUCCAUAGUUAUCAUGCGAUUAUUAUAUUUAUAGUGAGGAUGUUACUUAUUCUUUUAUGGCACGUUCAUGGCGUAAUUUGAGAACGCUUGCAUCUCCUCUGUGAAGUUUCUGUACAAAAUGUAAGAAAGAAUUUUUAAACAAGUAAUAAAUUAUAUUUAUAUGCAACACUGA